AGAGCAGGGCGGGGCGGGGGCGAGGGUUGCCCGGUGGUUUCCGUCCCGGCCCGCCCAAGCCUGCGGCGCCCAGGUUUGCACCCACUGGUAGCUGGAGGGGGCGGUCCCCGCGCUCCCCUUGGCCCAGCGCGUUUCCCGCCGGCCUCCCGCUAGGGGCGCGACGCCCUCCGCCUCCGUCUCCGCCCCCAGGAUCUGCGGCUGCCAGCUUCCGAGCGCGGCUUCCCCGGACGGCGGCGCGAUGGGCUGCGGGAACUCCACCGCCACCAGCGCGGGCGCGGGCCAAGGCCCUGCAGGAGCAGCUAAAGAUGUAACAGAAGAAUCAAUAACAGAAGAUGACAAGAGGAGAAACUAUGGAGGGGUGUAUGUUGGUCUGCCAUCUGAAGCUGUCAAUAUGGUGUCCAAUCAAACAAAGACUGUGCGAAAAAAUUAGAAGAAAGUAGUAUCAUGACAAUAAUCAAGAGCCUGCUCAUCAAGAUCUGGAUGGAAUUUUUGCUUUGUGGGAUUUUUGUAACGUGCACAGACAUUUCCAAGGAAAUUCUAAGCAGUCGCUCCCCCCCCACCCCAAAUUCUUAGUUUAUAGUUAAAACCCACGGGUACAUAUUGAAUGUUGUGGUACUAGAGAGGAAUUGGUUAAACAACACACGUAUAUGGAACUAUAUUUGGUCCACCUGCGGAAGACAAGCUUACAAAGGGUUCUUGCCCAGCUGGCUGCUGUGCCCCAGCUGCCGUUCUCACCCUGGCCAUCCCCACAGCUCAUGAAGAUCAUGUCUUUUCACUGAUACUUUUUUGAUAGUUUUUAUAUAACAAAAUCCUUCAUCUAUUUAUAACUUACAAUAAUAAGGCACUAUUGAUGAAUUGCCCAAAGUAAUAUAUUUGUCUGUUAUCUUUCACUAUUUCUACUUCAUGUUAAUGUUUAGCUGUAAAAUUGUUAAAUUGAUUCUUACUGUUAGCGCUUUCCUUUUUUACGAUUUGGUUUUCAGCUUGAUUUAAAUAUCAGAGGAGUUUCUUUAUUGAGAACAAUGUACUCUACAUGGCAAUACUUAAACUGUUGAGGUUUGCAUGCCGUAUGUACAUUUCGAUUAAUUUCCUAUUUUCUUUAGUCAGGGGCUUAUGUAACUACAAAUACUUCAUAGCCAUUGAGUCUCCCAUUCUACCUGUGUGGGAUCAGAGCACCUCAUCAUGUUAAUUCUACACUGUUUUCAAGGACUUAUCACUGAUGAUUAGUCGGAUAUUUGGAAAGUUCUUAAUUUGAUAGUGAUCAUGUGUAUCCACUUAGUACUGAAAUGUAAAUCACUCAAUUUACCAGUGUAUUUCAACAAUUAAAACAUUUUUAUCCCUCUUUA